UUGAUUUUCUCCCGAUGGCCUUAAUCUUUACGGGAGGCACAGACUUAUCGCAAACUCGACGUUGUAUACUGAGCAAUGUUUUUCACUGCUUUGACAAGUUGAAUGUUGCGUCAUUAAAGUGGAAAAUUUGAUGAAAAAAAGAAAUGUAUGCUAGUUAUUGACAGUUUGAGCAAUUCACAACAUGGCGAUUUAAAGGGAAGUGAAAUUGAUUCAAAGUUGAAAGCAUGAGCGACGAGGAGAAAGCCGACGAUUCUCACCAAGGAAAUAAAAAAAGCCCAAAUGAAAAUGAAGCAAUUGCUACUAAAGAUACAGACAAAACUACCCUCUCAGAAGAUGCUAACGCUACUCACGGAGAAUCGAAACACCAUCUCAAUCCGACAGAAAAUGUGUUGAAUGAAAAGAAAGCCAUGGAAAUGUCAUCUGAACAAAACGAAGGAGAAUCGAGAACUUCAAAGAGUCUGUUGUGUAACAGACUACCUAAACGUUACCUUUUACUGUUCUUGGUUUUUCUUGGUUUUGUCAACAUCUACGGACUUCGUGUAAACUUGAAUGUUGCAUUAGUUGCCAUGGUGAACAAUCGAACAGUGAUCAAAGCUGGUGUGCAGACAAGGAUGCCAGCCGAAUUUCACUGGGAUUCAAAAACACAAGGUAUCGUUUUGGGUUCGUUUUUUUAUGGUUAUUGGGCUUUGCAAAUCGCUGGAGCUUGGAUUGCAUUGAAACUUGGUGGAACACGGGUGUUCGGCUACGGAGUUCUGCUCGCUGCUCUUCUCGCACUAUUGACUCCUGUUGCCGCGAGGUAUCACGCGGGAGCAUUGAUUGGUGUGCGUGUUCUUCAAGGUCUUUUCCUGGGCGUUAGUUAUCCAUGUAACCACGCAAUCUGGAGUAAAUGGUCUCCAGUAUCUGAGCGCAGUACACUUGUGACAGCGGCAAUAGCUGGUGCUGCAGUUGGAAACAUCGUUGCCUUACCCGUGACAGGACUACUUUGUAAAUAUGGAUUUGAUGGUGGCUGGCCCACAGUUUUUUAUUUCUUUGGCACAAUGAGCAUCCUCUGGUAUUUGAUUUGGGAAUUUUUUUCGUAUGAGUCACCUUUGGUGCAUCCGACAAUCUCCGAAGACGAGCGGAAGUAUAUCAUAGAAAGCAUCGCAGAUGAAGAGAUUCAGAAUGAUUGUCCACCAUGGGGGAAGAUUCUAAGAUCCCCACCGGUAUGGGGGAUCAACAUUGGUCAUUUUGGAGCAUGCUGGGGGUAUUACACACUCUUCACGGAAAUGCCGACAUUUCUCAAGGACAUUUUACACUUUGAUAUUAAACACACGGGAUUUCUUGCUGCAUGCCCAUACUUGCUGAAAGCAGUGCUGGGACCUGUCGCUGGACUAUCCGCAGAUUUUCUAAUUAAAUACAAUGUCAUGCAGAUACGAACUGUUCGUGCAUUAUAUUAUGCUGUCGGGUGUGUUUUAGCCGGCAUAUUCAUCGUGGCAACAAGCUACGUGAGCCAGCGAUACUUGUGUGUCUUAUUCCUUGUCCUCGGAGUCGGUUUCUCUGGUAUAAACGCCACGGGUUAUGCUGUCAACCACUUAGAUAUCGCUCCUCGUUAUGCAGGACUGUUGAUGGGUCUUUCAAACACUUUUGGCUCGUUGCCUGGUUUCCUAAGUCCGAUGCUAACGGGAUAUAUUGCACAUUCAAAGGAUCCUGAGCAAUGGAAGAUCGUGUUUUGGAUCACACUUAUUAUCUAUCUCGUUGCGUCGAUCUUUUUCGCCUUUCUAGUGUCCGGUGACAAGCAGCCAUGGGCUGACAAGAAAAUCACUUGACGUCUGACUCAUAUCGUCCAAUACUACAUGUCUCGUUGGCACAGUGACAUUUGACUUAUCAAAACAAUUUGAGCAAAUGCAACAGUUCCAACAACUUCACCAUAAGAGAUUUGUGACCGUUGAAACGGAGUUUUUAUUUUGGUGUAUUAACAAGGAAGGUACUUCAUUACUUUAGUGUGGUCCUUUGACGUUCGGUUUGUAACAGUGCAGUCAACUCUUUUAAAAAUCCUUUAUUAUAUAAGUGAAUUACAAACACAGUGUUUUAUAAAAAACGUCCAAUCAUGCAAAUUCAUAUUUUAAACCGAAAUGAAAUCGUCUACAUUCAAGAUAACUAGUAUUUUAAACAAGUGAGCAAAUGGAAAUUUUGUAGAGCGUAAACACUCAGGGCUUGUAGAAAAAUCAUCUUGGAAAUUGAAUGAAAGACGUUUGGCAUUUUAACAACUAUUGCAUGUUUGCAUUCUCUCGGGAAAAGAAGGAGUCUGCACCAUUUUACGAGAGGAAAAUUUUUCAAAACCACGAGGUUAACAUUUUUAUGUUAGGCAACAAAGUUAUAAAGUAAUGAAAAUAUAAGUACUACAGAAUAUUAUAUAAUAAUAACUAUAUUCUUACCAAGAACAUCGUAUUAUCUGGAUGACUUAGAGAGCGAAACUGUUCAACGAGUUUUGGCAGUUUUGCUUUUUGUAGUAGAGCUUCGCUGGCGUGUUCUGUUGAAGAAGUUUUCUUAUCAAAAAUGUCUUUGCUUCAAGCUCCAUUCGCUUCGUUAUCAAUUAAAGCUGCCCUUUUAUUCAUAAAUGUUCAUCUACAUCAAUUUGAAUAUGGCGAAAAACUUAAAUAAUAUAAAAUAAAAUCACGGAUAAAAUAGACGAUAAAAUGAAUUGGC